AUGGAUACUGACGAAGCUGAUUACCUAUCUGAAGAAGAAGGCUUCAUUGAGGAUGCUCUUACAAAUGAGGAGUACGAUCAACUCUAUGAACUUCUUCCCCAAGUCAAGAAAGCCCUAGCUUCCUACAAUGAUACCAUCGACGAGUUGAGUAUCAAGGAGGCAAUCCACUACAAUUACUUUGAACUAGAACCCACUUUGGAAGACUUGAAAUCAAGAUUUCCUAAGAAAAAAGAAGAGCCAAAGAUGUCGAAGCUUGCGUUGCUAGCGAAAAAGAGGAAAGAGACCCGUUCUGGGGCUGGAGAUGUGCUGGAUACCAGUGGGGCACCUAACCUAGUGGAAGGUAACCGCCUAUCACGAACAGGCGGGAAUGGCGCUGGUUUAUCCAAAUUAGCUGCCUUAGCUCAAUCUAGAAGAGCAGAUAAGUCUGGAAUACUGAAACUUCUGGCUGCCAGCACGCCUCUGCCAGAGAGCUCCAAACCCAAGUUGGUAAGAAAGACAAACCUAGCAGGACUAGCGUUGAAGGAAAGAGCAAGAGCAAAGAACGAGGCCAAAGGAUCACUUAGCUCAUCGGUUGAACGUUCAUCACCAGAUACCAUGGAAGUUGAUGUCAAGGAACUGAAACCAUCGUUCGAUUUCACUUUGCAAGUGGGAGAGAUUGAUCUUCUUUAUACCCCGGCGCAAGAAGUUUCGGUAUUUCUAUUUGGUGGUGAAUGUCAAGCAUCUUUGGAACCGUGUCGUAAAAGAAGGCGACACAAUCCUGAGCUUUUUUAUGCAUAUACUAACAGCGUUCUUACAGCUAAAGCAAAGUCUAACUUUAGCCUGCCCAGCCCUGAUGACGUUGUCCUCACGGCUCAAAAACAAGCAUUUGAAACCGAUAUGAGUAAGCUCAAUAUUGGUGAAAAGGAAAAGAAAACUCAAGAUAAUAAUAAUAAGGAAAAAAAGAUCCCUGCUCCAACGAAACCUUUCAAGUCCGUUGACUUGGCUAAGGAACUCGCAGGAAACCCAAACUUUACCAAACCUAAUAAAUCGUUCGUCAUUAUUGGUCACGUUGAUGCUGGUAAAUCGACCUUGGUGGGACGUAUACUUUACGAUGUGGGUGCCGUCGAGUCCAAGACUAUGGUGAAGCUUGUGCGUGAAGCUGAGAAGUCCAAUAAAGGUUCUUUUGCUCUCGCAUGGAUUAUGGAUCAAACUCUGGAGGAAAGAUCUAGAGGUGUGACAAUUGACAUUUGUGCCACUAACUUCGAAACACCUGAGACUAGAUACACUGCCAUUGAUGCGCCUGGCCAUAAGGACUUUGUUCCUCAGAUGAUCAGUGGUGUCUCCCAAGCGGAUGCGGCUUUGCUCGUUGUCGAUAGUAUAACUGGUGAGUUUGAGACAGGGUUCAUGAUGAAUGGUCAAACCAAGGAACACACUCUUCUUGCAAAGAAUUUGGGCAUUGAUGAACUUAUCGUGGUUGUGAACAAGAUGGACAAGGAGAAUUGGGACGAGAACAGAUUUAAGGAGAUCCAAGAGCUGUUGCAAGAGUAUCUUACCAAGCCAGAAGUAGGUUUUAAAGAGGAAAACAUCUCCUUCAUACCACUUUCAGGAUUGACAGGGUACAAUGUUGUGAAGAAUGAUGGAUCUAUCAAGGAACUUUCUUGGUACCAAGGCCCUACGUUACUUGAAGCACUUUCCAAGAUUCAUACCUCUUCGGUGGAAGCUAAUUCUGUCACUAGCCUUGAACUGAGCGAUUUCACGCUAGCGAUUAAUGACAUUGCUGAUGUCACGAACUCUGAAUUCAAGGUCAAGGGCAAGAUUUCUCUGGGCAUCAUCCAACCUGGUCAAACUGUAUGUCUACAGCCAGCAGAAGAAUAUUUACAGGUGCAGAAUGUUUUUAUUAAUAAUGAGGCUGUUGAUGUUGCCAUUGCUGGCCAAAUUGCUCUGUUGAGAUUCAAGACAUCCCAGUUCAAGAACAAGACUGUCGAGGAUAUCAGCAUAGGUGACCUUGUGGUGAGCCUAAACUCUCCAUUGAAGGCAGUCAGGCAAUGUACAGCCACCGUGAACAUGUUCAACAUUACGAAACCUCUUUUGGUUGGUACGCCGUUUGUCAUGUUCAGAAGCAAUGCUUCAGUGGCUGCGAGAAUCAGCAAGGUGAAGAAGAUUAAUGGUGUCAAGAAGAAGAAGAUGCAUCUUGUAUCUAAUCAGAUUGCGGAGGUUGAGAUUGAAAUAAUAGGGGAUCGCCCAUUGCCCUUGGCUAAGUUCGAGGACAACAAAGCUUUGGGAAGAGUCGUGAUUCGUCGUGAAGGAGCGACUGUUGGAGCUGGUAUUGUCACAAGUACAUAG